AUGUCUGUCCUCUGCUGCCUCUUUGUGACGCUGGGCUCGUUCCUCUUCGGUUACGACUCAGGCAUCAUCUCAUCCACUCUCGAGCAGUCGGCCUUCGUUGAUCGCUUCAAUCAUCCAUCUGAUGCGGUCACGGGAGGCAUUGUGGCUGCCUACAAUGGAGGUGCAAUCCUGGGUGCCAUCCUCGUAUCCUACCUGUCGGAUCCGUGGGGACGUCGCUCGGUCAUGUUCAUUGGAGGCAUUCUGGCAUCUUUGGGAGCGGCAUUGCAGGCCGGUGCGAAUACCGUCGCCAUGGUCAUCGCUGGUCGUUGGAUUGCAGGUCUGGCGGUGGGUGCGAUGUCUUCGAUCAUUCCUGUAUAUUGUAGUGAGGUCUCUCCGUCGCGCAUCCGUGGCUUUCUGGCUUCCAUGCAGCAGUGGAUGAUUGGAUUGGGGAUCGUCGUCGCGCAAUGGGUGGGAUAUGGCUGUUCCCUCCACCAGGCCGGUGACUUCACCUGGAGAUUCCCCCUGGCGCUACAGGCCGUACCCUCCGUCAUACUCGUCGCGGGGGUCUGGUUCCUUCCGGAGUCCCCCCGGUGGCUGAUGGAAAAAGGCCAGUUCGAUAGAGGUCGAGAGGUCCUCGUCUGUCUGCAUUUGAAACGAGACCGUUCCAAUAUCGAUCUGGUGGACAUGGAAUUCAUCGAGAUCCGCGACAGCAUCGCGGAGGAGCAACGAACCGCCGUUCCUUCCUGGCGACAGCUGCUGUGCUCGCCAGCCACAUGGCGUCGUCGCGUCCUGCUCGCCUGCGGGCUCCAGGCGUUCACGCAAUGUUCCGGCACUAAUGUCAUACAGAACUACAACCCCGGUCUGUAUAAGUCCCUGGGAUUGGAGGACCCCACACCACUGAUGAUCCAGGGCAUCUGGGGUGCCCUGGCUCAGUUCUGGAACACCGUGCUCAUGCUGUUCAUUGAUCGUGUUCCCCGUCGCCAGCUUCUCAUACCCUCCCUGCUGGGCAUGGGGGUCACCAUGGGCGUGGAAGCGGCCCUGGCGCAGGCGAACAACGGCUUCCGCGACCCAUCGGCCAACAACCCCAAUGCCGUGCGCGCAGCCAUCGCCAUGUUCUUCGUCUUCUCCUUCUUCUUCACCAGCCUCGGCCUCAUCUCCUGGAUCUACCAUGUUCCCCCCAUCGCGAGAUCCCACAUCGGGUUCAACUACUUCUAUUGCUUUUUCGCCUUCAACUGGGUCGGCGCUCUUGUGGUGUGGGCCUUCUAUACGGAAACCGGAGUUCAGUCCCUGGAGGAAGUCGAGAAGGUCUUUACUUCCCCGUCACCAAAUCGCCCGCUUGUUGGUGAGCGCAAGGAUCCCCUCCCAUCCAGGUGGUAG